AUGGGGGAGUAUGCUACCUUGUAUGCCUUGGCCAGAGCAAACAAACGCCAAGCCUUCAUCCUUACAGAUAUGCAUAACUAUUUAGCUCCUAUAUUUAAGAUCACCCUGCCAGUGUUGCAUAAUAACGUUGCCAUUCGUGUUCCAUUUCAAGAAUACUGGAUACAUGACUGGAUGUCUGAAGAAUAUAAUCACAUUGAAAGUAGUUUUAUAAAACUUACAGGGUACCCUUGCUCUUGGACGUUUUUUCACCACCUACGGAAUGAAAUCCGAAAGGAACUUACAGUACAUGACUACCUUAAAAAUGAAGCCAACCAUGUCCUGGAGACAAUAAAAGGCUCCAGAAAAAAUGCAACAUACAUUGGAGUCCAUGUCCGAAGAGGUGACUAUGUGAGUGUCAUGCCAAAUGUUUGGAAGGGUGUGAUUGCAGACAGAGGCUAUUUGUGGGAAGCCAUGAAUUAUUUCCGCAACAAAUAUAAAGAACCUGUUUUUGUGGUUACCAGCAAUGGGAUGGAUUGGUGUAAAGAAAACAUUGACAAUUCCAGAGGAGAUGUCUACUUUUCUGGUGAUGGUAACGAAUCAACUCCUGGCAAGGAUUUUGCACUUCUGGUUAGUUGUAACCAUACAAUCAUGACAAUUGGGACCUUUGGUUUCUGGGCAAGUUAUUUAGUAGGAGGAGAAACAAUAUACCUCACAAACUUCACAUUACCAGAGUCAGAAUUCUUAAAAGUUUUCCAUUAUGAUGCAGCAUUUCUCCCUGAAUGGAAAGGGAUAGCUGCAGAUCUAUCACCUCUUAAACAUUGA